GAAGCUGCCUUGAUUAGCGCAUGCGCCGGGCGCCAUCUUCCUCUCGCAGCCCCGCGCGUAGCAGGCAGCAUGGGCCACCAGCAGCUCUACUGGAGUCACCCCCGGAAAUUCGGCCAGGGCUCUCGCUCAUGCCGCGUGUGCUCCAACCGACACGGCCUCAUCCGCAAAUACGGCCUCAACAUGUGUCGGCAAUGUUUCCGUCAGUACGCCAAGGAUAUAGGCUUCAUUAAGGUGAGUGCCAGCACCGGGGCUGUCUGGGAGGGGCGGGUGCGCCGCUCCCCGCUGACUUCUUUACUCUCUUUCUUGCAGCUGGACUAAGCGCCGAGAGGAUGAGGCUGUCGCCGGAAGCUGUUGGGGCCUCCCUGGCACAUCUGCACAUCUUGGCAUAGUUCUAAUUAAUAAAUGAUCUCCUU